GAGGCCAGGAGGUGGACUGAUGUGAGAGGCGACAGCGGCCCCUGUUGUUGGAAGGCUCAAGCUGCAAGAGAGGAGGCCCCUUCCAGCCUGAGGUGUAGCCCUGAGGCCUGCUACAUGCUUCCCAGGCUGGAGAACACCAACACGCCUUCAGUGUUGGUGUCAUUUGAAGAUGUGGCUGUGGACUUUACCCAGGAAGAAUGGCAGACAAUGGACAACACUCAGCGUACCCUGUACAGGGAGGUGAUGCUUGAGACCUAUGACAAUCUGCUGUCCGUGGGGUAUUCCAUGACAAAGCCUGAUGUGAUCUUCAAGUUGGAACAAGAAUCAGCACCAUGGACAGCGGAGAAAUCUGCCAAGCAGAGACUUGCAGAUCCCCAUGGAAAGAAUGAGCUGUUUGAAGCUAAUCAGAAAGAUCAAGAAAUAAUCUUCAGGAAGCCUGAUGAAAUGCCAUUUGAAAAGAAGCAUACUUCUAAUGUCCCUGAGAACAACCUAGAGAGUGAGGAAAAUCUCAGUCAGCUUGACAAGAUCCACAUUUGUCAGCAGUCCUUUGAACACAAUGGGAAAGAGAAAACUUUCAGUGGGAAGACGAUAGUCCUUAUGUGUGACCAUGUUUAUACCAAAGACCUGUGUAAUCAGCAGCCUGUCAGUGUGGGAGAAGCAAUUCAUGUUGGCUCCUAUAAAUCUUGCCUUACUACCAAACACAGAGCUGACACAGGAGAUAAUUUAUAUAGACUCCACAGAAGGAAAAUAUUUUAUGAAUAUAGCGAGUGUAGAGAAGCAUGUUCUCAUAACUCAAAUUUAACCAUGCAUCAGAGAAUCCACACCAGGGAGAAACUUUAUAAAUGUAGUGAGUGUGGGAAAUGCUUUUCUCAUAAGCACCACCUCCUUGCACAUCAGAGAAUCCACACUGGGAAAAAACCUUAUGAAUAUAGUGCAUGUGGAAAAGCUUUUUCUAAUAAGUCAAACAUUAGAUCACAUCAGAGAAUCCACACAGGGAAAAAACCUUAUGAAUGCAGUGAGUGUGGAAAAGCUUUUAUUCGUAAGUCACACCUCAUUAGACAUCAGAGAAUCCACAGUGGGGAAAGACCUUAUGAAUGUAGUGAGUGUGAAAAAGCUUGUGCUCAGAAGUCAAAUCUCAUUAGACAUCAGAGAAUCCACACCGUGGGAAAACCGUACGAAUGUAGUGAGUGUGAAAAAGCUUUUGCUCAGAAGUCAAGUCUCAUUAGACAUCAGAGAAUCCACACCGGGGAAAAACCUUAUGAAUGUAGUGAGUGUGGAAAAACGUUUUCUGAUAAGUCAAGCGUUAGAUCACAUCAGAGAAUCCACACAGGUGAAAAACCUUAUGAAUGCAGUGAAUGUGGAAAAGGCUUUCCUUGUAAGCCAAUCCUCAUUAGACAUCAGAGAAUCCACACUGUGGGAAAACCGUAUGAAUGUAGUGAGUGUGGAAAAGCUUUUGCUCAGAAGUCAAAUCUCAUUAGACAUCAGAGAAUCCACACCGGGGAAAAACCUUAUGAAUGUAGUGAGUGUGGAAAAGCUUUUGCUCAUAAGUCAAGCAUUAGACCACAUCAGAGGAUCCACACAGGUGAAAAACCUUAUGAAUGUAGUGAGUGUGGAAAAACAUUUUCUUGUAAGUCAAGCAUUAGAUCACAUCAGAGAAUCCACACUGGAGAAAAACCUUAUGAAUGUAGUGAGUGUCGAAAAGCUUUUAUUCAUAAGUCACAUCUCAUUAGACAUCAGAGAAUCCAUACAGGUGAAAAACCUUAUGAAUGUAGUGAGUGUGGAAAAGCUUUUGCUCAGAAGUCAAAUCUAAUCAUACAUCUCAGAAUCCACACAGGUGAAAAACCUUAUGAAUGUAGCGAGUGUGGAAAAACCUUUUCUGAUAAGUCAAGUAUUAGAUCACAUCAGAGAAUCCACACAGGUGAAAAACCUUAUGAAUGUAGUGAGUGUGGAAAAACCUUUUCUGAUAAGUCAAGUCUCAUUAGACAUCAGAGAAUCCAUACUGGGGAAAAACCGUAUGAAUGUAGUGGCUGUGGAAAAGCUUUUACUCAGAAGUCAAAUUUAAUCAUACAUCAGAGGGUCCACACAGGGAUGAAACCUUACGAAUGUAGUGUGUAUCUUAAAGCCCUUACUUACCAGACAGGUUUCAUUCAACGUCAGAGAAUCCACACAGGAUAA